GGUAAACGCGUUGAAAGGUGCCUGCAUUCUAAUUUGAAUUCGUGAUUACAGGGUCGUUAUUGGCGUGUUUACGCAGCCCGCGUCAUGUUCGCAGUUGGUGCACAUUAAGUAUACACUUUCUACAUCGACGUGACGCCCGGCUUCCGCCUGUGAACCGCGCCGACUUGACGCAUCCGCAGCCGGACACAGAAACAAACAGCGCGCUGCCACGGUCUCGGCGGCGCGGUCAGAGCGGCGGCAGCAUGGUGACGGUGACGGUGGCGGAGCUCCUCGUUUUAGCGCUGCUCUGCGUCUGUGGAGCGGCUGCAGAACAACAGCAGCGCGUUUAUGUCACCGUGCUGUUUCGACAUGGGGACAGAUCACCAGUCAAAGCGUAUCCUACUGAUCGGUAUCAGGAGAAUGCCUGGCCGCAAGGGUUUGGGCAGUUGUCGCAGGUGGGGAUGAGGCAGCACUUUGAGCUGGGCCAGUUCCUGCAGAAGAGAUAUAAAGGAUUUCUCAAUGAGUCCUAUGACAGACAUGAGAUCUACGUCCGCAGUACAGAUUACGAUCGCACCCUGAUGAGUGCUGAGGCCAACCUGGCAGGUCUCUAUCCUCCCAGUGGGAAGCAGGUGUUUAACCCGGACUUGAAGUGGCAGCCGAUACCCAUACACACGGUGCCUCAAAGUGAAGAGAGGCUUCUUUCGUUUCCUCUACAUGACUGUCCUCGCUAUAAACAGCUGAUGAAUGAAACUGAACACACACAGGGGUUUUUGAACGUCACCUCAACUUAUCAGGAAUUGAUAAACCUGGUGAGGAAUAAAACCGGACUCAAUGGGACCACCGUUGAGUCUGUCUGGGGCGUGUAUGACACACUCUUCUGUGAGUCACGUCACAACAAGACGGCGCCUGCCUGGGUGACUCCUGAGGUGAUGGACAAACUCAAAAAGCUCAAGGACUUUGGAUUUCAGGUCACAUUUGGAUACUAUAAACAACGAGAGAAGAGCCGGCUGCAGGGAGGAAUGCUUCUGGGUGAAAUCGUGAAGAAUCUUUCUAAGAUGGCCGUCCCAGACCCGAACCAGAGGCUGAAGUUAACGAUGCUGUCAGCGCACGACACCACGGUAGCUGCUCUACAGGCCGCCUUGGAUGUGUUUAAUGGAAUACAGCCGCCGUAUGCCUCCUGUCACAUAUUUGAGCUGUACAGGGACAACAACGGCUCUGCUUCAGUGCAGAUGUUUUACCGGAAUGACACCACAGUGGAUCCGUACCCUCUGCAGCUGCCGGGCUGCGCUCUGGACUGCCCCCUGAAUGAUUUUGUUAGAAUUACCAAGCUGUCUAUUUCAGACAACAGGGACCAAGAGUGUCAGCUUUCUUCACCGGGGACAGAUAAAAGAGUGGUCAUAAGUCUGGCCGUGUCUGGCUGUUUGCUUUUCCUGCUCGUCUCCAUCCUCCUCGGUUUUCUCUGUUGCCAGAAGGAGCCGGUCAGCACUCGGGGAUAUCAGCAUGUGCUCAGUCAGGAAGGCGGCGAGGAGUCCUGACAAACAGACAAACUCCUCCUUCGGAGAUGCCCAAGUGUGGCAUCUUGGGACAGCAGUGAGGAUGGAGAACUCUGAACUCAAUUAACCUGUUUAAUGGCUUCAUCAUCUUUGGUUCAAGACCAGAGCUUUCUUUAAAACAGGGUAUUUCUGUCUGAAAAUUCUUCUGUGUCUGCUGGAUCAGAGGGAAAACUUUAGUAUUUAACUAAAGUAUUUUAAAUUAUUUUUUUCCAAACAUCCCUUUAACCAUCACUGUAAAAUUCAACACUUAGGGGUGUAAGAUGUUGCUUGAGGGACCAGGGAGAACUCAGACGUCAUCACCUCAUCUCAGUAUCUAAAUACGUCAGUGGCUUCAUAAAGACCUUUGUUCAAUUACAUUUUUUAAAAUUGUUGUUGCAUUGUGGAACAUGGAAUGGUUACAAAAAGUCUUAAUUUUUAACCAGUGGGAUGAUUAAAAAUUUUGGCUGUGAAUGGACCUGCUUUUUUGUGAUUUGUAUCUUCUUGAAAAGACAGAAUCUGUCCAAGGAAGACUUGUUUGAAGAUCUCAAGAUGAAUCAAGAAAUACUCUAUAAAUCGUCCAUUUCCUCCAUUAGAUCUUUUUAAAUCUUUUUUUGUGUCAGUUCAUGUGGGCACAUACACACUCAUAAAUCUGUGGGUCUGUUGUGGUUUGUAUUGUGUUUGAAGUAUCAGUGUGGCCCGAUGACCAAUAUGCCUUAAAGACUUGUAGUCAUGCGAUGCUAGUUUUUUUUGUUUCUCUGAUGUAACACACUUUUUUUUUUAAUUCUUUGGUUGUUUAACUUGAGGAACAGGUGUUUGGUGUCAAAAUCAUCAUUCAACCUGAGACUUGCUAAAAUCUCUCAGCUUCUAUUUGAAAUAUCAUUCAUUAAUCACUUGAGUUUUUGCCUUGUUAAGAUCUGAAUUUUUGAAAAAAAUAAAAGUCUGUUUUGUCUUAAA